CUCCCGGCGUGCCGCGCGGCCCGGCACUGGGGUAAAGGUCGCGGGGCUGAGGGGGCGGCACUGUCUCGGUGGGGACGCGGCGCCGCGGCCCCGUUCUGCACCCGCCACCGCUGCCAUGGCGGAGCAGCCGCAGCCCAUCAGCCCCGUGAAGAAUUUAUUCGCUGGCGGCUUCGGAGGUGCCUGUUUGGUCUUCGUGGGGCACCCGCUGGACACCAUCAAGGUCAGACUGCAGACCCAGCCCAGGCCACAGCCUGGUCAGCCUCUGCUCUAUUCUGGGACCUUUGACUGCUUCAGAAAGACUCUUGCUGCAGAGGGAGUCCAAGGCUUAUAUAGAGGAAUGGCAGCUCCUCUUAUUGGAGUGACACCCAUGUUUGCUGUGUGCUUCUUUGGAUUUGGCUUGGGAAAAAGGCUCCAACAGAGAAAACCUGAUGACAUCUUGACAUAUCCUCAGCUGUUUGCUGCUGGCAUGUUGUCAGGAGUGUUCACAACAGUAAUCAUGGCUCCAGGAGAGAGAAUCAAGUGCCUUUUACAGAUCCAGGCAGCUACAGGUGAAACUAAAUACAGUGGCUCUUUGGACUGUGCCAAACAGCUGUACCGCGAGGCUGGGAUUCGUGGUGUGUACAAGGGGACAGUGCUCACCCUGAUGAGAGAUGUCCCAGCCAGUGGAAUGUACUUCAUGACGUACGAAUGGCUGAAGAACAUUCUGACCCCUGAGGGAAAGAGUGUGAGUGACCUCAGUGUCCUUAGGAUCCUCUUUGCUGGGGGCCUGGCUGGGAUCUUCAACUGGGCAGUGGCCAUUCCACCAGACGUGCUGAAAUCCCGUUUCCAGACUGCUCCUGCAGGAAAAUACCCCAAUGGCUUCAGAGAUGUGCUGAGAGAACUUAUCAGAGAGGAAGGAGUUGCAUCUCUGUACAAGGGCUUCACAGCUGUAAUGAUCAGGGCAUUUCCUGCUAAUGCAGCAUGUUUCCUUGGAUUUGAAGUUGCUAUGAAGUUCCUUAACUGGGUUGCACCAGGUCUAUGAGGACUGGGUGGUCUUAGAAAGAAGAAGAAGAAUGCAAGUUUGCCUUAAAGGAAUAAAUGUAUGAUCCCUUGAAGUUUCAGGAAUGAUUGCUUGCCUAAUACCUUUUUGCCUUCCUCACAUUCUUUAGGUGGUGCUAUGUGCCAUACAGAAAUGUAAGCUGUAGCUCUGAAAUAGAGUUGAUGAGGAGUUAGAGGUGAUGCACCUGUCUUCUGAGCCAAUGUACCACGGCAGUAAUGCUGCCACCAGACAGCUGUCACUGUUACACACACUUACCUUAAGUACUUCCUCAUGGAAGAAGGAGACACUUCUUAAAAUGUAAUUCUUUAUUUACUGAAGAAACAUGUAGCUAUUAGCACUGAAAAUCUUCCUUAAAAUCAUUGUUUAGCAGAGUAUACUCUCAGGGCUUGAGUUAGCAGCUGCACACACUGUUAUCUACAAGCAGAGUCACGUGGCAUUCUCAUGUUUUGUAGUUCUGGCUAUUUCUGUUUUGUCAGUGGUUUUAAUCUUAUGUGCAUGUAAAGCAUCAAACACUGAACUAAGCAAGGGGGGCAGAGCUACAUCUGAGUGGGUUAAGGGGUAUUACAGGUAUCACAGGGAAUCUUGCACACUGAACUUCUCUGUGAAACUAGGAGGGAGAAUUAAUUCUGCUUAACAUUUGUACUAAGCUUUACUGAGGCAGCCAGUGGGGAAAUGUGUUUGAUUAACCUGAACUUUUCUCUGAAAUCCCAUUCAGUUACAGUGAAGGUGUCACAAAUGCAAUUUCAAAAGUGCAUCAUGGUUCAUAGCAACCCACAGUGUAUUUUAUUCAUGUCCUGGGAUUCAGUCCCUGACAUUGACCUGAAAAAAUUAAAAGCACUUCCAAGAACUCCACUUUUCUGGCAUGAAGGGCAUACGCGAAGGGGACACUGGCACUCCAGUCACAUCUAACUUUAUUCUUGCUCCUGUUCCUUGGUUUUCUCUUAACAUUAUUAAACAUAAUAACAUUUUCAUUUGAGAAAUGACUGCUAGGAAGCAAAAGACAACUAAUUUUUGUUUUUGAUGCAGUGUUAUUGGAACUCAAUAAAGCUAGCUGCUGCUUGGCUAGAA